CACACGCGCGCCGUCGAGUGCGCGUCGAUUCGUGGUAGCCGUCCGAGGCCGUCGUGCGCGUCUCUCGUUCCCCUCUCGGAGGCUCUUCUCCAUACUCCGCGGCCGCUACGUGCAGAAACGGCCCGUACCCAUGCGCGACCCGCGCGCGCUCCACGUGUAGUCCGCGUACGUUCGCGCGCGAGUGAAUCUUGCUCAGCCCCCGUCGUCCCGCGGCCCGGACUCUUCGUUCACGCGCGCUCCGCGGCUGUGAUGUGCGUCGCCGGGAGACACGCUCUUCACGAGGCGCGGUAGUGACGUGUGCCGUGUAAGGAAGAAAGAGAGAGAGAUAUAUAUAUACCACUUUUGGACCCCAGCUAUGUAUCCCGCCGCGUCCAUGAACGCGGCCGCGGCGGCGGCCGUCGCGGCUGCGGCCCGACAUCCGGGCCCGCCGCAACCCAACCAGCCAUUCAAGUUCACGGUCAUCGAGUCCUGCGACAGGAUCAAGGAGGAGUUCAAUUUUCUGCAGGCGCAGUACCACUCGCUGAAGCUAGACUGCGAGAAACUGGCUAACGACAAGAUCGAGAUUCAGCGUCACUACGUGAUGUACUACGAAAUGUCGUACGGUCUAAAUGUGGAGAUGCACAAGCAGACGGAGAUAUGUAAGAGGCUGAGCAAUAUUAUCGGACAAAUUAUGCCGUUCCUCUCGCAAGAGCAUCAACAACAAGUCGCCGGCGCCCUUGAUAGAGCGAAGCAAGUCACGAUGACUGAAUUAAAUAGCAUAAUGGGGCAGCAGAGGCCAGACAUACCGCGGUUCCUUCAGCAAAUGCACGCUCAGCAAAUACCACCGGGUGCGACGAUGGCACAUCCGGGUCUACCUGGAAUUCCCGGAUUGGGGCCAGCUGCCGGUCUUCCGGUACCAACUUCCGCGUCCGCGGCUUUGCUCGGUCUCGGCCUGACCGGGACGGUCACCCCGACCCCCGGUGCGACCGCCGCCCCUCAUUCCCUGUCGAUGCUCGUCAAGCCUGAGAUCCACCGCGGUCAACCGGAUGACCUGAAGAGCAACGGCGGUCUGAGUUCGACGGAGGACAGACACCGGGGCUCGAUCUCGCCGGCCGACAAGUACAACCGGGCGCGCACGCCGCAAGAGGCGACCCACACUCACCACUCUCAUCACUCGCAGAAUCACCACGAUCACGCGUUGCACCCGAUAAAGAAGAUGAAGAAGGAGCCCGAGACGUGUAAGGACGCCGGACACAGUGACGGUGAGAAGAGCGACCAAGAUCUGAUUGUGGACGACGCGAGCGACGGUCCCCCGAGCCCCGUGAUGAACGGUGUGACAUCGCCCCGCGAAAACGGGCUCGACAAGGUUUCGUCCGCGGUACCGUCGAUGGGCGCCGCCGGCGUGCAGACCGCGAAGAAGGACCUGGCGCCGCACUCGCCCAGAAGCGGCACGAGCAGCAACGCGAGCACGCCGUCGACGAAGAAGAUGGAGGACCGCGAGAAACCGGCGACGCCGAUUUCGAAGUCGUACACACCGACUUCGGGGUCCGCGACGACGACGAUCGGCGGCGGCAUAAAAGCGUCGACCCCGAUCAAGCUCUUGGGACAGGCGGUGCCACCCGGCACGGUACCACCACCCGCGACCCCCUACUCGUUGCACUACCCGCCACCCGGAUUGCCACCGCAUAAUAUCGCGACGGUAGCGCACGCCCAACAUCCGCAUGUAGACGUGAUAGCCGCGUACAACGGUUACCCGACACCUCGGCCACCCACCGCUCUGCAACAUCUGUACGACCCGCACGCGGCACUGAGGGCAUCCGUCGGGACACAAGGUGGCAAGCCUGCGUACAGCUACCAUGUAUUGGGCGACGGACAGAUGCAGCCAGUGCCGUUCCCGCAGGACGCUCUUAUGGGCCCAGGAAUACCGCGCGUCGCACGCCAGAUUAGUACCCUCGAUCACGGCGAAGUAGUCUGCGCAGUGACGAUCUCAAAUCCGACCAAGUACGUUUAUACCGGUGGUAAAGGCUGCGUUAAAGUUUGGGACAUCGGCCAAGCAGGGAUGAACGAGGUAAAGCCCGUCUCGCAACUCGACUGCCUACAACGUGAGAAUUAUAUCAGAUCGGUCAAGUUGCUUCCGGAUGGUAGGACGUUAAUAGUCGGUGGGGAGGCCAGUCAACUGAGCAUUUGGGAUCUGGUUAGUCCGACACCGAGGAUCAAAGCUGAACUCACCUCCUCGGCACCGGCGUGUUAUGCCUUAGCCAUUUCGCCGGACUCGAAAGUCUGCUUCAGUUGCUGCAGCGAUGGCAAUAUCGCUGUAUGGGACUUGCAGAAUCAGACCCUGGUGAGGCAAUUCCAGGGUCACACCGAUGGCGCUUCGUGUAUCGACAUCUCCGCCGACGGCUCGAAACUGUGGACAGGUGGUCUCGAUAACACGGUGCGCUCCUGGGAUCUUCGAGAAGGCAGACAGUUGCAGCAGCACGACUUUAACUCUCAAAUCUUCUCCCUUGGCUUUUGUCCCACCGGCGAAUGGCUGGCGGUUGGGAUGGAGAAUUCGAACGUUGAAGUGUUACACGCCACGAAGGCGGACAAGUAUCAGCUACACCUACACGAAUCCUGCGUUCUGUCAUUGAGAUUUGCUUCCUGCGGCAAAUGGUUCGUUUCUACGGGGAAGGAUAAUCUACUGAAUGCGUGGCGUACGCCUUACGGGGCCUCGAUAUUCCAGGCGAAGGAAUCCUCGUCGGUUCUCAGUUGCGAUAUAUCGACGGACGACAAGUACAUCGUCACUGGUUCCGGCGACAAGAAGGCCACCGUCUACGAGAUCGUGUACGUAUGAGACGUAUGUAGCGCCGUGUGAGGGGCUAUCAACUGGCCAUUCCAUGGAAACAGAAUCGCGCACAGUUCUUUCGGGACUGUUAUGGACGAUGUGAUACCGUUGUUGGUUCUCUUUGUUAUCGCUGUUGUUACUCGCUCGUUGACAAAAGAGAGGGAUCGUCGGCGCAAGGCCGAGCCAAACGGACAUACGAACAAUUCGGCAUUUCCCUGGAUUUUAAUGAUCGUCAACGUUUCCACCGAGAUCCACAUUUGGAAGAUAUACUUAGGACCGCGACGUAACGAUAAGAGAUGCAAGAGCCUAAUGAGAACGCAGCAAUACUUAUUUAACGAGUUAUUUAUUUUGGAAGAUUUGAUAAAGGUAACUAAUUUUCUUCGCAAUAUUUCUAUCAAGAACUUUAUAGUUUAUUUAUUCAGUUGCCGGUGUUUUAUCAAGUUCCGAUAGAAUAGAAAAUUUCAGUCUUUCACGAAGAGGGAAUUUACCUUCGUUUGCGAUUUGCCAAUGUUAUUUCAGUGAAAUAACAUUGAUAUGAAUUCAUAAAAUUUCGGGAAUUAACGUUUGGAGUGAAAAAGUUGUGUUUACUGCCCCCACUGCCGAUUGUUUCGCAUUUUACAUGCCAUUAGAUUGCGAUCCGUUUCGCUUGGUGCGCACGAUCGCUCUUUGAUUGUGAUUAUUCAUGUCUCUUAUCUGUACAUUUUGUAAAUAACAGGUUUUAAGUAUACCGUGAUAUUUUUCUACUACUCCGUAACAGCGAGAUGACAGACGUGACAAUUGUAAAUAUCUCAAGAUCGUGAAAUUUACAAGAGGUCAGAUGUAAAAAGUCGCUCGAAUAAAUGGCAUACGAUAAUUAA